AUGAAUCAAGUCAUGAUUCAAUGGGAUGUGGUAAUAGCAUUUUAUAUAUUCUUCAAUUGGUGUCAUGGAGGGCUUACAAAUAUAAACUGUUCAGGUCAUUUAUGGGUAGAACCAGCCACAAUUUUUAAGAUGGGUUUGAAUAUCUCUAUAUAUUGCCAAGCAGUGAUUAAGAACUGCCAACCAACAAAUUUUAAUUUUUAUAAAAAUUACACCAAAGAAAUAUUUCAGAUCACAAGAAUUAAUAAAACAACAGCUCGACUUUCGUAUGACAACUUUCUGGAACCACAUGCCUCUAUGUACUGCACUGUUAAAUGUCCUGAGCAUGCUAAAGAAACACUGAUAUGUGGAAAAGACAUUUAUUCUGGAUAUCCACCAGAUGUUCCAGACAAUGUAACCUGCGUUAUUAAUGAAUAUUCAGACAAUGUGAUUUGCACUUGGAAUACUGGGAAGCCCACGUACAUAGACACAAAGUAUGUGGUCUAUGUGAAAAGCUUAGAGACAGAGGAAGAGCAACACUAUUUUACCUCAAGUUACAUUAACAUCUCCACUGAUUCAUUACAAGGUGGAAGGAAAUAUUUGGUUUGGGUCCAAGCUUCAAAUGUACUGGGUACGGAGAAGUCAAAACAACUGCAAAUUCACCUGGAUGACAUAGUGAUACCUUCUGCAACCACAAUUUCCAGGGCUGAAGAUUUAAACACCACAGUGCCCAAGACCAUAAUUCACUGGAAUAGUCAAUCAACAAUUGAAAAGUUUUCCUGUGAAAUGAGAUACAAAGCUACGACAAAUCAAACUUGGAAUGUGAAAGAAUUUGACACAAAUUUUAUACGCAUGCAGCAAUCAGAAUUCUACUUGGAGCCAGAUACUAAGUAUGUAUUUCAAGUGAGAUGUCAAGAAACAGGUAAAAGGUACUGGCAGUCCUGGAGUUCACCAUUUUAUCAUAAAACUCCUGAAACCGUUCCCCAGGUCACAGUGAAAUCAUCCCAAAAUGAUACUCAGAAUUCUGGGCAUCUAAUUGAUUCCGUCUUUGAAGGACAUCUUAUAUCUGACAAUAGGCAGCAAGACAUUGGACUUUUAUCUGGAAUGGUCUUCUUUGCAGUUAUGUUGUCAAUUCUAUCUUUGAUUGGGAUAUUUAACAGAUCCCUCCGAACUGGAAUUAAAAGAAGAAUCUUAUUGAUAAUACCAAGAUGGCUUCAUGAAGAUAUUCCUAAUAUGGGAAACAGUAGCGUUGCAAAAAUGUUACAGGAAAAAAAUGAAUUUAUGAAUGAUAAUUCCAAUGAACAAGUCCUAUAUGUUGAUCCAGUGACUGCAGAGAUAGAAAUUCUUCCCCCAGAAGAACAGAAUAAGUCUACGGAUUUCACAAAAGAAAAAAACACAGAAUCCCCAGAAAAAAGAGAGUGCCUGCAAAAGUCACUACUCACCAAUACUACAGUUGUGUAUAUUCCUGAUCUCAACACUGGGUAUAAACCCCAGAUUUCAAAUUUUUUCAGUGGAGGACACCAUCUCACCAAUAGUAAUGAAGCUGUCCCCUUGACUUUUAAACCACCAGUUGACUCCUUAGAAGCAGGAACAAAUGCCAGGUUUAAAAAAUGUCCCAAUUUUGCUUUCUCAGUCUCAGAUAUGAGCCUUGUAAGUGACACAGUACUUUUUGAAGAAUUAAAUCUCAUUUUAAAUCAAGGAGAAUGCAGUUCUCCAAACAUGCAAAAUUCAAUAGAGGGGGAACCCACCAAGCUUUUGGAAAAUACUUUAUCCAGUGAAACUAUUUCAGAACAGACCCUGCUGCCUGAUGAAUUUGUCUCCUGUUUGGGGAUCAUGAAUGAAGAGUCGCCAUCUAUUAAUUCUUAUUUUCCACAAAAUAUUUUGGAAAAUAUUUUUCAAUAG